GUAAUCUAACUUAACCCAACCGGUUCAACCUAACCUUAAAAGUGUGAAAUUGUCAUUGAGGAAUUGAUUACUAAUCAUUGAAUUAUUUACGUUAUUGUUCAACAAUAUAAAUUGUUAGACUGCUAAUUGUCGAUCUAAAUUGGAGCAAUAAAUAAUAAAUUUUAUAAUGAAAAAGAAUCAAAUUUGCCAGCACAAAGACGUUUUUCAAAGAAUGAAUUAUUUAUAUCAGGCUAGUCAUUUAAUGGCAUUAAAGAAUCGAGUUAUGGCAUCUUAUCUUGGUAACCAUAUGUUCGCUUGUGCUAAGAAGGCAGUAUUGCGCACGGAACCAAAUUUGAAAAGAACUGUAUGUAAAUGUUGUCAAAGUCCACUCAUACCUGGAGAGACGGCAAGAGUUAGAUUAGUAUCAAAACCCAUAAAGGGUAUCAAAUGGACAUGUUUAAUUUGCAUGAAUAGUAAGAGGUAUCCUGCAAAAAAAGGAUACAAAUUAUGGCUCGACCAGCCAGAAUCACUAGUUCGGAUAUUAGAUUUUACACCAAAAUCAAAGAACAAAAACUUUCAGCAACUUGGCUCUGAAAGCAAUCUUGAGGAAGUAAAAGAACAAACUGAAAACUAUCCUAGAAAUUCUACAAGUUGAAUCGUUUGAACAAUACCAAUCAAGAUAAAAGUAAAAAAAAGCAGUUAAUCUUAAAGCAGUUUGAUCGGGUUCAUGUAUUUUAUAGAUUAACUCAAGAUUUGGUGUAUGAAUAUUUUUUAUUAAUGACUUACAUAAAAUAUGUUACAAUAUUACAAUAAAUUUGUAAUUAAUAAAACAGAUACUUUUGCUAACUGGAAUAUUCAUAACCAUCUAGUAAUAUCAUGAUACCGAUAAUAGUUUUACAUUAAAUGUUCUUAGAAAUAACUCGAUCGUAAGUUAAGUUUACUGUUGUUAUCGAGUAGUUGCGAUACGUUUUUUUUUACGGAAAGUGGCAUCCGCAGGGAAUUCCCGAAGGUCAUGAUCUCUGUGUUCUCAGCCGAGGACGGUUUGUGAAGUCGCUAUUAAAGUGUAAAGUCGACAGGUUUUCGAAGGCAAGAUUAUUUCGCCGUAAUGACACUGGAAUUCGCUGCGAGCGUCAUUAUUUCAUCUAACUAUGAUAUGACUAUGUCCGCCCACCGCCAGUGACUCGUGCAAAAUCAUUACGAGUUAAAUCAUCACACUCAUACUUGGGCGCAAUCAAAUCACAGUUUACUUGAAAAGAAGAAAAAAAUAUCAGUCAUUUAAUAUUCUAUCUUAAAUAAAUAUACUAACACGAAAUUAACAGUACUAACUUAGAAAUUAUACGCACUAUCUUGAUUAUAAACGUUCCGUUGUGCGAGUAGCAACAAUGACGUAAUUGUUCGUUCACCAAAUACAGCAAUCCGCAUCGCUUAGAUGCCAGAAACGUGGCAGUGAUCGUUGUAAAACGUACAAGAUGCGUUCGCGUUUCGAACGCACGUACGUACCUCGGAAACGCAUAAAUAUUAAACUAACGAGAAAAGUAAUACAAAAACUGGGCUGGACGGAAUCUACACAUUCACUUAUAUACAUAUAUCUGUCGUGCCAAGCUUCGGUCGUGUCGAGUUAUCUCACACACAGUAUCUAUUUUACCUAGCUUAUAUUCUUCUCUCUUUCUUUUCUUUUGCUUUUUUUUUGAUUCUUCUAAAAAGUAAUUCUAACGAUAAAGUCAGACGGGACCCCAGGUUGGCAACGCACACA